AGCACAGCCUUAACCACAUAGCAAAAGUGAGAAAUUUCCUAAGCUCUCAAAUUUCCACAUCGCUUCACUACGUUAACAAUAUCAGUUCACUCGUGAAGAAGAUAAACAUGGGUUCAACUUUCUUCUACACUACUCUCUGUUUCAUUGCGGUUACUAUUGUAUCUUCCGUUGUUGCUGUAUCUGGCGAGGAAUUCAAAGUUGGUGACGCUGUGGGUUGGCGUCAGCCAAGGGUGAACGAAACAGAUCUGUAUAAUCACUGGACUUCAAAGAAGAAGUUUCACGUCGGCGAUUCACUCCGUUUCGAGUACAAGAAUGACUCGGUUAUUACAGUAAACAAAUGGGAAUUCUAUCAUUGCAACAGAACUCAUCCUGCCUCGGGCGCUAAAGACGGCGACAUAACGGUGAAUCUCAACAGGGUUGGCCCGUUCUACUUCACGAGUGGUGAUCCUGAGCAUUGCAAAAAUGGCCAGCGUUUAGCCGUUGAAGUUUACCCACUACACCCCAUCUCGGACUCUCCACCACAACCAAUUUCAAUGGCGCCUGCCCCAUCGCCGCUUUCAAGCUCAUCGGCGGUUACUUCAUCAGUUCCUUUGGCGUUCAUUUCGGUGUCGUUGAUUGUGGUUGUUGUUGCAGUGAUUGCUGGUUUAGCAUGAGCCUUGUUGUUAUUGUUUUUUUUUUUUUUCCUACUAAGAAUAUUAUCUAGGUUACGUUGUUUCAUGCAUUCUGUUUGGUAGGUUUAAUUAGAGACUUCUUUUGAUUUCCAUUUUUCACAUUGGAUUAUGGGUUGUUUGAAUUUAUUAUGUAUGGACAUCCCUCCAUUUUAAUGGGGAUUUAUAUAUCUACUUAGUUUUUCUUUCUACACUAAAUUGCACGUUCA